AUGAACUACACUUGCGGCGAGAGCAGUUACAACAUCUCCUACCCUUUCCGAACUAAAGGCAACCCCAACUAUUGUGGCCACCCCAAAUUUGAACUCACUUGCAUCAACAACACCACUCUCGCAAUUGAACUCGACAGAGAUCAGUACGAGGUGCAAGACAUCGACUACAAUGAUCGUGUCUUCCACGUCUCUGUUCCAAUUUCCGGCAACAUACCCUAUCCUCCCGACUUCACCAACGUAACAAUAGAUUUCGACGUUUUGAACUACAAAAGCUCUGAUGCCAACUUGACAGUACACUUCAACUGCCCCUCGUUAAUGGGCUUGCCAUCAAAUCUCUUUUUCAUCGCGUGCGUGGAGAAUAUGCCAUGCUUGGGAUUCCCACCUCUUAUCACGGACAAGAUUCCGAUACUGCUGAAAAAGUGCAGGUCAAUUGUGCAGAUUCCGAUACUCAAGAGUGUGACCGAGGAGCUUGUCAAAGGAGUGAUUGAAAUUGAGGAAGCAAUUGAAAAGGGGUUUGAUUUGAGUUGGACAGUCGGCGCUGGAUGGUGCAAUGGGUGUGAAGGAUCCGGUGGGGUCUGCGGAUACAAUCCCAACUCUCCGGGGGACGGAACCUGCUUCUGUCCUGAUGGAAACGAUACCGGAAUCACCUGCGGUGCGAGUUCAGGCAUUGCGCCAACAGGUAUGUUGGCUUUUAACUUAUAUUACUUAUGCGAUGAUUUCUGUAAAAUGAUGGGCUUUAAUUUUGAAGCUUAG